AUGGCGGCCGUCUCAUUCCAAGGGCAGACAUGGAGUCUGCUGAGGAAGAUAACACAAACUAGUGUGGUUUCUGUACGAUGUAAAUCUAGUAUCAGUAAGAAGUACUGGAAAGAGAGAGAGAGAGAUACAACAUGGGCACAACCACUACUUGAUUGGCAAGAAGAGAAACAAAAAAUACAGAACCAAGAAAUCUCCCCACUACACAUGGUCGUAAGGAUUCACAAUCUCAAGGGUAUACCAAAAAAAGAAAAAGAAAUUGCCAAGAUUCUUGGCUUUGGAGAAGGCACAAAGAAACAGCAGAAAGUACUGUUGAAGAACAUCCCUACUAUUAAUGAGCAGCUAAAAUUUGUACAGCACCUUGUGAAGAUUGUGCCAGUAACAUUUCCCUAUGGUCUACCAGAGAGUGAGGAAGACUAUGAACACUGCUAUCUACGUGACAAUGGAGAGUUUGUUGUGCGACGGAAGAUCCCUAGUGCAGAAGAAGGCCUUCCAGAGAAUGUAGGAACCACAGUGGACUGGGAACCAUCAGUUUGGGAAAUGGACAGGGAAACAGUUCAAAAACAAAAUAGAAAGAAAUUAGUAGAAUAUGAUAUCAAUUCAGAAUUUUUCAAACCUCAGUAUGUAUAUAAAAACAACAAGGAUGGUAAAGAACAUACAUAUUUUGGAGACAAGAGAUUCAAUGAUAGGGGAAGAACGUGGUACUAAAUGUUUACCAAUCAGGUUCUGUUUUCAACUUUAUGUAAAUUAAAUUGUGAAAUUAAACUUUGUCAUAUUUUUCAUCGUCAAA